CGCUGAGUGCAGUUUCCGCUUCCUGUGUAACCGAAAGUAAAGUUGAGUUAGUCAGCGGACGGUCCGGAGCUCCGGUACACCGACACAAAGUGAAGAAGAGGAACGAUGAAGAUGUUGCUGCUGUCUGUGAUCCUCGUGCUCGUUACCCAGCAUGCCUCUGGAGUGGGGGAGAUUGAGGAGAAGGAGGGGAUUGAGGGGGAGGAGUCUGUGGUUCUGCCCUGUGAGGUUCCUCCUGAUGUCACUGUUAAAUCUGUGGAAUGGAGCCGCUAUGAACUCAAUCCCUCCACUGUUCAUCUACGUCAAACCAUCAAUAAUACAGAGAGAGAUGUUCUUAAAGACCAGAACCCGUCCUACAGAACCCGCACAGAACUACAGACGGACGCUCUGAAGACUGGAGACGUCAGCCUCACUCUGAAAACCCUUCAACUGCCAGACAGAGGAAUGUACAGCUGCACCGUCCGUUGGGGUAUGGGAGAGAGGAAACAGACUCAAGUUUACCUGAAGAUCAUCAGCAAGAGAGAAGUCGAACUACAACUACAGAAGAGAAUCAGAGACACAGCGAUCAUUGUCAGUGUGCCUCUGAUCUUUAUCAUUGUGGUUGUUGUUGUUCUGUUCCUGGUAUAUCGUCAUGGAUACAUCAACUUCAAAGUCCGCAAUGUGGUGAAGGUGGAUUCAGGGGUGGAGUCUGUCCUGCUGCCCUGCAAAACCACAGUUCACCUGUCUGAGGACGUCACAGUGGAGUGGACGAACAGUAACAACUGGAAGGUCCAUGUGUAUCAGAACAGUUCUGAUCAGCCUGAAGAACAGCACCAGUAUUACAGAGACCGAACAGAGAUGAAGAAAGAGGAACCUGGAGACCUCAGUCUGACCCUGAAAUACCCCAAAGACAGAGACAGUAAGACCUACACCUGCACCGUCUACAACAGGGAGAGAGAGAUCCUGAUGGAGAAACAAGUGCUGCUCAAGGUCAAAGAGAGAACCAGUAUCAAACCCACUGAUGGAACUCCUCUGAUGACUGUUAAAUCUGUCUGAUGGAUCAAUCUUUGAUUAUUGAUCUGAUCGGACUCUGGAUCAGAGAGAAUGGACGACGGAUGAAGACAUGAGGACGCUUUGUCUCACAGACUAUUGAUGAGUAUUGAUGAUCAGUCAGUGUGAUGUCACAUGUUGAUGAGUUUAGAUGUUUUGUACUCUGACAGAGGUCUCACUCUGGAGGAACCUGUUUGUAUUUUUGCUUUGAUAUAUUCUCUACAGCCAGCUUCAUGUAUCCAUUAUAUAUCAGCCUCUAACAGUCCUGUUCAGGCUCAUUCAGACUACCUUCACACUAAGCUGGCCUUCAUUGGUUGCAGUGAGAUCCAAUCAGAGCGGAGCUGUCAGACUGCAUAUUGAUCCUCCCAUUGAGCUCCAUGUGGAGGCUGUUACUGUCAGUGUGGUGUGAAUCUGUUCUGCUGAGAGGAAUCUGCUCAUCCACUGUUUCCUCUCUGUUCAUACAGAGAUAAUGAGACUCAUAUCAGCCUCAAAGUGGAGCCGUGGGUUUCACAUGGUCCGUUUAGUGUGGACGUAGUCUCACAGCAAUAUCCUGUUUGUAUGGCUGCAGUAAUCAAUAAUCAAUGAUCAUUUCAGACACUUUGUACCAAAGUUCAGUGUGAAAUUGUCCUGAGCUUUAAUGCCCCGAUCCCAUCCGGUGUUUCAGCUGUUUUUACUCCCAAAGCUUUCAGGUGCAGCCGUCAUCCACUCUGAGCUCCCCUCUCCCUGCAGAGCUGAUACAUCGGAUGGAUUUCAGUGCCUUUAAUGUGCCUGAAGUGAUCACUGCGCACUGUAUUCUCUAAAUACCAAUACAAGUAUCAGAUAAUCAAUAUGAAGUGACUGGGAUCAGACCAGAGGCUACAGAGAGCUGAUGGGAUCAUCCCUAGUUUGUUGGUGUAACUGUUACAGUUGAGCUUAUUUGCUGAUGAUGAUGAUGUUUUCGUAGGACUCUUGCUUUGCUGUUUGGGUUGAGUCCUCCAGGUUAACUGCUCUUAUUGUUCGUGGUUUGGAUGAUCAGAUCAAUCAAUGUAUUGAUGAAACAGCGUAUUGAUUGUCAGGAACCACUGUGUGCUUUCAGCUGCCAACCCAUAAUAAAGUGUAACCAAAGAGUGA